CGCGAUCGAAGCUGAAGAGGUUCAGUCAACUGUCGAUUAAAAUGAAUCUCGCGUUUAUCGCCUUCAUCGCUUUUUUCUGUGUGGCUCUUCUUCAUGGAGCUGUUGGCCAGGAAUGCCCCGGGCAUAAGAGACAUGGUGGUGAAACCUGUCAUAAAAAAUCGCAUUGUUGCUCCGCGAAUUGCGAUAAUUAUUUUUGGCAUAGGAACACCACUCCAGCUGGAAGCUGAAAGCGUGAUUGUUGGUGUAUUUGCAAAAUGCUUAUACACUUUACCGCAAAACUCUACGGAUUUUACUGAACCUGGAGUUACCUUAGGCAGGACAGGCAAGAGCAGAUGGCAAAUUUACAAAUUAGUAGAAACGGCAAUGCAGAUGUAUGGUUUGGGUGGCAAAGAGUGCAUACUGAAGGCAAUAUGCGAAGCAGCCUCCGUUCCCUUUAAGUCCCACCAUGGCAUUCUUGGAGAAUUGGUUCAGACCUUUCUCACACCUUCGAGUACAAAGGAGGAUUACGACGAAUACGCGGACCAAGAGUACCAUGCAGCGGAACGACUAGGAAAGCAUUUGGGUGAAAACUGCCACGCCCUGUAUCCAGAAUGCAAGAGAAGCGUCCUAGACGUAUUUUCUAGUCUGGACUCGUAAGGGUAGUGUAAAAACCGACGAAUAGUGGCCAUUUUCACUUCCAGCUCAUGGAAUUUCUCCCCUGGGUCGCAUUAGCCAAAAAGUAGAUCCAAGAAUCCCGCUAGAAGCCACCUAAAUCAAAAAUUAGGUAAUUGCUUCAUUCCUUCGAACACACAUGUAUAUAAUAAUGACUUUAUAUUCUAAGUCAUUUAUCUUAUACUCAAAUAUUUUGUAAUUUUUUAAUUUAUAAAUUGCAUACUAUUUUGCUUUCCUAUGUGUACUAUUUAGUGUAAGAAAUUAUUUCCUAGUGGACCGUAGAUAUGUAUACUAGGAUUUGUAUUAAAUUGAGAAUGUUGAUGUGAAACAUUGUUCUGAAGCGGCUUUCAUAAUAACAACUUUGAUAGGUAUGGGCAACUACGACAAAAAUGAAAUGGUUUUGAAACUUAAAAUGUGCAAGAAAUCCAAAGACUAUUAUUUACAAUUAGUAUAACUUAUAAUUUAAUAUUCCAGCGUGCAAUUAAAAUAUUUACUACCAGAAUUACAAAUUUAAUUUUUAGGACAACAAGAAUUUACUGUAAAUAACUAGGAGAAUAUUUGUUUUAAUGUCUGUAAAUUAUUCAUUUUACGAAAGAGUAUUAUCAAAGCAAAAUGUUACUGGCAGAUAAAAAUGGUUAAUUCUAUAGGCUCAUAAGAUGUACUGUAAGUAAUUCGAUACCUUCUCCUUAAAAAAACCUCUCUCAGAGUAUACGUCUAAAACCACUCCAUUUUUUAUGUUGGCCCCUCGUUUUAGUAAGUAUACGUACACGACAAACAGUUGACAAGGUUUAGUAAUAAAUGGUCUCCGACUUAGUAUAUUAUUAAGAAAUAUUUUGAAUUCAUUUGAGUUCAAUCAUAGAAUUCACUCAAUUAUUUGAAUUCCUUGCAUUCGUGGAACCCUAUAAAUUGCGACAAUUUCUUUCAUUCUAAGGAGUCAACGAUAAUGUAAAGAAUAGAAAAGAAUUCUGAAGAUUUGACAAAAAAAAAGAUUAAAAAAAUUCAGAGAAUUCGUGGAAUCGAGAAA